UAGUUAUGUAAUAGGUGGUUAGAUUUUAGAUAUAAGAUAUGCUACAUACUUCAAGCGCAUUCAACCAAAAGAGCUCAAACUCGCAGAAAAUGGAGUUCACUUUCAGUUUGCUAUUUUGGUGUAGUGCUCUCUUAUUAGCAACACUACUUCAGCUAAGCAAGAGACAGUCUCAAAAAACGAAGCAGCAGCAACCUCCAGGCCCGCGAGGAUGGCCGAUAAUAGGCAACAUAUUGGACUUGGGAGCCAUGCCUCACCAGACACUUUACAAGCUCCGACCCAAAUACGGGCCCAUUCUCUGGUUGAAGCUCGGCUCCAUGAACACCAUAGCCGUCCAAUCUGCCAAAGCCGCCGAGCAGCUCUUCAAGAAUCACGACCUCUCUUUCUGCGACCGCAAGUGUCUCAUCGCAUUGACAUCUCAAAACUAUAACCAGGGAUCCGUCGCCGUGAACCAGUACGGACCUUAUUGGCGCGUGAUGCGACGCCUUUGCAACAUGGAGCUUCUGGUCAACAAGCGAAUCGUCGACACGGCUCCUAUCAGGGGCAGAUGUGUGGACGCCAUGAUUCAGUUCAUCCAAGACGACUCGGCUGCUAAACGUUCGAGAGGAGAAGCGGGGGCGGUCAACUUGGCUCACUAUCUUUUCCUCACCUCAUUCAAUGUGGUUGGGAACCUUGUGUUUUCGAGGGAUCUAUUGGAUCCGCAGUGCAGAGAAGGGAACGAGUUUUUUCACGCCAUGGAUAAUAUCAUGAACUUGGCCGGAAAGCCUAAUGUAGCUGACUUUUUACCUCUCUUGAAAUGGUUGGACCCUCAAGGAGUUAAGAGAAACAUGACGAAACACAUGAAAAAGGCCAUGGAGAUUGCAGGUAAGUUUGUGAAAGAGAGAGUUGAGGAGAAAAAGUCAGGGAGGCUGAAGAGCUCCACAAAGGAGUUCUUAGAUGUGUUGUUGGAGUAUGAAAGCGAUGGUAAGGAGGGACCUGAUAAGAUUUCAAAUCACAAUAUCAACAUAAUUGUACUCGAAAUGUUUCUGGCUGGAUCGGAGACAACAAGCAGCACAAUUGAAUGGGCAAUGGCAGAGCUUCUUCGUAGACCCGAGUUGAUGCAGAAGGCUAAAGAAGAGCUUAAUCGAGUAGUUGGACCUAAGAGGAAGGUUGAAGAAAGAGACAUGGAUAAUCUGCCAUAUUUGCAAGCUGUGGUGAAGGAAACUCUUAGAUUGCAUCCUCCAAUUCCUCUACUGCUUCCUCGGAAUGCACUAGAAGAUACCAAGUUUAUGGGGUAUUUGAUACCCAAAGAUACUCAAAUUUUUGUGAACGUGUGGGGAAUUGGAAGAGAUCCAGAAUCAUGGGAUGAGCCUUUGUGUUUCAAGCCUGAAAGGUUUAUAGGGUCAAAUAUUGAGUACAAGGGGCAGAACUAUGAACUUCUUCCAUUUGGAUCUGGCAGAAGAAUUUGCGUGGGCAUGUCACUGGGUCAACGUAUGGUUCAUCUUGCUCUGGCCUCUCUACUUCAUAGUUUUGAUUGGAAAAUUGUUCCUGAAGCUUUAGACAUGAGUGAGAGGAUGGGAAUAACUCUCAGAAAACUAGCACCCCUUGAAGCUAUACCCUUGAAUCCUUCCCUGUGACAAUGACUAUUACUAUUUAGAUUAUUAAUAAAUCCACAUUGUAUGGACCUAGCUGUUUGUGUAUUUUAUUAGUAUUAUUUUAGAUUAUUAAUAAUUAAUCUUAAGGAUCAAUAGCUCAUUUGUUAUCCCUCUGAAUCUAUU